AACAUGUGGCACAAGGAUUUUAGCAAGUAAUACAAGUAUAAUUACUAUCAUUAAUCCAACCUGGAUUACAAAUACAUGAUCCAUUAAUUAUAUAAUGUUGAGAAUCUUUACAUUCUGUACAAUAGGUUGUAGUUCCUGAACAUUUAGUGCAAGGAUUAAGACAAGGUAUGCAAUGUACACCACUCAUUAUAUAACCAUGGUUGCAUUCACAUGUAUUAGAUGCACUAAGAGUUUAAUUAGAAUCUAUGCAUGAUAAACAAUGGGCUGCAGUUCCAGAACAAUUAUCACAUGGUUAUGUACAUACUUAACAGUUAGGAGGUGAAUUAGUUAAUACUUAAAAAUAUUAUGAUGGACAUUCGCAUGUAUUUGGAUUAGUAGUACUCAUAAUAUAUGUUGAUGCGCAAUCAAUACAAUAAUUUGGAUUUGUUUAGCAUUUAGUACAUGGAUGAAUACAAGGUUAACAUAAUAAUGCAGAAUCCAUAUAAUAUCCAUCAUUACAUAUACAUGUAUGAUUAGAGAUUAUUUAAUUUGAAUUAGCACAUGAUGUACAUUUAUUAGCCAUAUCUAUACAGUUAUAACAAGGUAAGACACAUUAAUUGCAAGUAUUUCCAGAAAUGUAAUAGUUAUCAACACAAGAAGUGCAAAAAGUAGGUGAAUUACAAUUUAAACAUGGACUUAUACAACUUUGACAAAAAAAGGAGGAAUCCAUAUAAUACAUAGCUUAACAUGUACAAGAUGGUAAUUAUUAUAGUGAUGGCUCAUUGCAUGAUGUACAUACUGAAGCUGAAGUACAAUAAAUACAAGGCAAUUAACAAGGAAGGCAAACAGUAUUUUAAUAAAAGCCAUCAUUACAAAUACAUUAAUUAUUGGAUAAAUGUCUAUUUAAACCAGUUAUGCAAGAACUACAAUUAGUAGCUGUUGUGGAACAAGUCUCACAUGGAUUUGAACAAUUCUAACAUGUUUUAGGAGUACCAUUUUAUUCAUAUUAAUUAUUUUAACAUGAACAUAUCCCUGAAUUUAAUGUAUAGGUAACUGCACAAGUUUAGCAGUUUAUUAUAGAUGUUUAACAAGUAGCACAUGGAUGAGCACAUUAGUCACAUAAAUAGUUUGAAGUAUUCAUCAAAUAUCCUGAUGCACAAUCACAUAAUGAUGGUGUUUAUUUUGAGACAUCAACACAAGUAUCACAAGUAGUGACACUAGAUGAACAUUUAACACAUGGUUUAGUACAUG